CAGAAAACAGCAGCAACAACAUGUCGCCGAAUACAAAAUCCGUACACCAACAACCACAAUUCUACGCCACCAAGACGGAGCUGUACUUGAAAGUGAAAAAGCCACUAUUGGAACGUCAGCGGCGCGCACGCAUCAACAAGUGUCUGGAUGCAUUGAAGACAUUGGUUGCCGAGUUCCAGGGUGAUGAUGCCAUAAUGCGUAUGGACAAAGCCGAGAUGCUCGAGUCGACAAUCGCCUUUAUGCGUCAACACAGUCAACGCUCAUCGAUGCCUGCUGUGGCGCCACUUGCGCCCAUGGACAGCUUCCGAAAUGGUUACAUGAAUGCAGUCAAUGAAGUUUCGCGUGUUAUGGCGGCUAUGCCUGGCAUGAGCGUGGAUGUGGGCAAGUCAGUGAUGACACAUUUGGGUAGUGAAUUCAAUCGGCUAUUGCAGCAGUACCACCAACAACCAGAACCCCAACAGCAGCAGCAGCAGCACCGACAUACAAUCGUUGAAGAUGUUGAAGAAAAGAUGUGUGAGAAAGUAUCUCGUCCAUCGAGCCGCGCUUCCUCCGGUUAUCACAGUGAUUGUGAGCACGAUAGUCCAAUGCCUUCACCAGCACCUGCAGUUGCCGUCGAGAGCGCCACCUGGCGGCCAUGGCUGUAAAAUCUGCACAUGCAUCCAUGGAGCAGCAACUGAGAGUUUUAACACGAGAAGACUUGGUACAACGAUUGUGCGUUAGACUGUGAUCGCAUUUAUUUGCACUGUUAUAAUAUCUUCCAUUAGACACAACUACGGCUUUAUUAGUUUGUAAGAACUUA